AUGGUGUCUUUAGCCUACGAGGUAGCUCCGAACAAACACGGAGUUCCCUCAGGGUCAUCCCAGCACCUGUACUGCCACAACGCACCGACAACUUCGUCAAGCACAGCUGCGGAUCCCAGUGGUCAAGACUCGUUUUUCUCGGGCGUGAGUCUCCAUGGCGAGUACGGGUACGUGACGACGGGGCCCGAGAGCAAGGAUGCGGGACUGUCGUCUUCCAGCACGGGGAUUCUCAAGACUGUGCACAUGUACCAAGCUGAGCACUCGACGAAGCAUUCGGCGCUGACUAGUUCACAGUCGUCGACGCCGAUGCCUGAGGAAGGAAUCCCUGGAGCUCGUCUGUACAGUCUAGCGGGAACAGGGGCUGCCUCCGGCGUCUCGACUGUCUGUCGAUCGAGAGCGCCAUCUGGGUCGGGGAUUCCACUUCCCGAGCUGGCGACCGCGUCGGUCAGCUACGCUCAGAGAGGACCGCAACUCCGGCAAGCAGUGACUUCCUCUUCCCUGACUGCCGCCCCCGCACUGGGUACAGGCAACACUGCCUCACAUAAAGAGCAGUAUGUGGCGAGCCGCAGCUAUUAUGGCCUGCCGAGUAGCGAGACGAGCCCGCCGAUCCUCUCUCAGGGAGUGUUGAUGUUUCAGUCGGGCUCCCAUACGAGUGUGCACGGAACAAACUCGGAGGCGACGCCGCAGGCAAGCACGAAGGAUCGGACCUCGUCCUCCAAAGAAUCCUUGCCUGAUGACGUUUGCGAUGGACAAGCUGUGCGUCAGGUCAUCCCGGAUUGUGCGUCGCCACACCAGCAUCUUUUCCACACCAAAAAGGAGAAAGCUGAAGACGUGGCCGGGCCCAGCAGACUGGCGUCCACGACCGCAACUCCAGCUGUUGUGGGGGGGCCGCUGACUGGGCCCCAGCCGGUCCGGGCUGACUCGAUGCGCGCUUCACACGGCCCUUGGCAAGCCUCUCUGUCGGCGCAAAGACUCCCAGUGGAUCAAGACAAGGCCUAUGGUGCGGCGGAUGGCGGAGCGCCCGUGGGCCACACAUACACUUACACGUCUGGAGAGACGGAAGAGCCGCGUGCUGUCUUUGCAGGCGACACUACCAAGAUCUCCUCUGUCAACGGGUCUUCUCAAGAGCCGUCCUACGGCUACUACUCCGUCACUUCUCCCCAGACGCCCCAUAUGCAAGCUGUGCAGCACCUUCCUGGAUACUUUGGCCCCGGCAUCGACUAUCCGUCAACCGUGUAUGCCCCCGGCCCGGUGCCGGGGACCUACGUGAGCUACGACGGCGGAGUCGCGUAUCUGCAACACUCACCGAUGCUAGGCGAAUCCUUUCCGUCCGCUGCGUAUGCGACGAGCUACGGUGCCGAACCCUACUACGCGCCUCCGCGGUUCAGCGGAACCUAUUUUAUGGAUGCAGGCGGCAACACCCACUGGUCAGCCGCUGCGCCGGUGUGUAGCGCCCAGAUGUGCAUGCAGGUUCCUGAGUCGGUCGACAACUCAGCGGACGCCUUAAGCGAGGUACGUGCUUCCCAUGCUGCCGCCCCGAGCGUGGGUCGAGGUGGGGACCAAAGACGAGCGUCCACCGCAAUGCCGAAAGGGUACGCAGCAUCUCCAGUCGGCUAUCCUGUGCGUGCCGAGCAAGGAUCGCCGCAGCCUCAGCAGUGCUCUGUUCAACAACUUGUGCCUUCCGUGGCCUCGUUCUACUAUGCCGGCGAGACUGUCCCGACGCCACUCUCUGGGGACGAAAGUCGUGGCAACGGAACCACAACGCAUGAAGGCAGGAUGCAGGGGGACGGCGGCUCGGCAAGGACAGGCCGAAGAAGGACGAGAACGAACUGGUGCUGUGAUGCAUUUUGA